AUGGUUUCAUGGGCUUUUAAUUCCUUUUUGGAAUUCUCGGUUGCUUCUUGUUAUGCGUUUUAUGCUAAAGCUCUAAUUCCUUUUGGUCCUUCUAAUAAGUUUGACGACGCUUUUCGGCUAUUGUGGAAAUCGGAUUUGCCUUUCAAGAUUAAGGCUUUUGGUUGGAGACUCCUUCUUGAUAGACUUCCUACAAAAGAUCUUUUGGUAUAUAGAGGUAUUUCUAUCCCUUUAGAUAAAUUAAAGUGCAUAUUUUGUGGUUAUGGUGUAGAGAAUAUGAAUCAUUAUUUUUUUGGUUGUAGAGUGGUUAAUAAUAUAUGGAGUGAAAUAGCUCUUUGGGUGGGUAAAGUGGAUAUAUUGGAGGAUGAGUGUUUGUCGAAUUUUAUUGAUUGA